CUACUCUUCUUGUUGCAUGGACAGAUGCUGCCCGGCCCAGCCCGGCCACUAUAUAUACAGCUCAAGCUCUCAAGGGUUUGGUCAUAAUCUAAACUAACCAAACUACAUUUAUUUUGGAUCCUUGUCUCCUCGAUGGCUCUUCAAAUGAGCUUUUCUAUUGCUUUUGCCUGGACUUUCAUGGCUGCAAUCCUGGUCUCUGUGAUGGCAAUGUCCACCAUCAUGAAGAAGAAGAAUAAGAAGAAGAAGAAGAAGGAGAGCAAAGGAACAGUGCCACCGGGCGAUAUGGGGCUGCCAUGGUUGGGUGAAACAAUGGAGUUCUGCAAAGCCCAGAAAAAGAACCAGUUGUUCGAGACGUUCGUCCAGCCCCGGGCUGAAAAAUAUGGCGAAAUCUUCAAGACAAAGCUGUUCGGAUCGCCAACAGUCGUGGUAAAUGGGGCCGAAGCCAAUCGCUUUGUCCUGUCGAACGAGUUCAAGUUGUUCACAAGCGCCUGGCCUUCUUCCACGGUCGAGAUCAUGGGGAAGGACUCGAUCAUGGAGCGACAAGGAGAGGCUCAUCGCUGCAUCCGGGGAAUCGUGGCUCAGAGCCUUAGCUGUGCGGGGCUAGAGGCCAUUGUCCCCAGAAUAUGCGAGACAAUUCAGUCACACUUUGAUCAGUUUUGGCAAAACAGAGAUGAGAUCAGGCUGCAUGGGAUGGCUAAACUGUUGACAUUCACGAUCAUGUUUGAGUGCCUCCUGGGGAUUAGUGUUGAGCCAGAAAUGGUGGCAUUGUUUGAGAGAGCCUUGGAUGGGAUCUUUGCUCCUCCCCUCAAGCUCCCUGGCUCCAAGUUCUCUAGAGCAAAGAAAGCCAGGCUAGAGAUUGAGAAGCUUCUGGUCGGCAUCGUAAGGCAGAAGAAGAAGGAGAUGGAAGUGGAAGCAGGGGAGGCCAACCCAGGGGGGCUGCUACUGUCCCGGCUGGUGGCCUCGCUGAUUCGAGGGGAGAUUAGCGAGAAAGAGGCCGUGGACAAUGUGGUUUUGCUGGUGUUUGCAGCUCAUGACACAACCUCCUUCGCCAUUGCAAUGACAUUUAGGAUGCUGGCUCAAAACCCACAUUGCUACUCGCUUCUCCUUCAAGAACAUAAUGAUAUAACUAGCAAGAAGAAAGCUGGUGAAAAUCUAACAAUGGAAGACACGAAGAAGAUGAAGUAUACCUGGCAAGUUGCUAGGGAAAGCAUGAGGCUGUUACCUCCCAUAUUUGGCUCUUUCAGAAAGGCAAUGGCGGACAUCGAAUACAAAGGAUUCCUCAUCCCAAAAGGCUGGAAGAUAAUGUGGACUACAUAUGGAACCCAUCACAAUGCAGACUAUUUCCCCAACCCUCUGGCGUUUGACCCGACUCGGUUUGAGGAUCCCAUUCAACCAUAUGUGUUUAUGCCCUUUGGUGGGGGGCCAAGGGUUUGCGCAGGCAUCCAAAUGGCUAAGCUGAACAUCCUAAUAUUCGUUCAUUUCGUCGUGACGCGAUACAAUUGGUCCCUUCGAUGUCCAGAUGAGCCAAUCGUAGUGGACCCUGUUCCCUUUCCUUCCCGUGGAAUGCCCAUGGCCAUUUCUCCCAAGCCAUGAAAUGGUCAAGAACCAGAAAUGGUCAAGAACCAUUGUAAAACCUGUUCUUUCAGUCUCUUAUGCAGUGUACAUGAAUUACUAUCAUAAAACACAGUUUAUUGAAUCUGCAUUCACAUUACUCUGUUCUCCCCAUCUUCUUGUCUUUUCUGUUAUUCCAAAUACUUCUAUUCCGACCGAAAAAUAUUAAAAACUAGAAAAUCAAUGUUUUGUCAGUUUCAAAAACACCGUCUUUUGCUGAAACUUUAGAGGAAUCAUUAAUGCUCACAACUGUCUUCUUCCAAUUUCCAAACAGUCCCACUGUUAAGAACUAAGAAGAUAAAGACAAGAAGAAAUUAAAGAUCAAACCAACCAGUCAAUGCUUGACCUCUGAAGAUGAUUCAAAAACCAAAGAUUUGAAAGGAAAGGAAGCAAAUAAUGAUCAAAUUCCAUUCUGCACCUACCAUUCAGCUUCACCAUGUGCAUGUCACCCACCAUUCUUCCCCUUCUUGUCCUUUGCCCCUCGUCCUCCAAAGCCUCCCAAGCUGACGUUGUGAUUAUUCUUUCAUGGCUGUCUGUACAUCUCUCCGAUAUUGACUUAAAAUUUUUCCCAAUUCCAUCAUCUCAGAGCGUUCAAGAUCUAGUUAUAGAAAGACGCACAGUGAUUCUUCACUGUCCUCUGGCUCGGCUUUGCACGCGAACAAAUGGAUGAAUUUGAAAAUGAUCCCAUCCCGGAGGGAUUCCACGAAGCAGAGCCCAAAGCUUCAGGCGAUCAGAGCCCUGUUUCUGUGAAGGAAGCCGAUGACGGCAAUCAGAGAAAGAGCGAUCAAGAACCGGCCUCAGAUUCAGCCGCUGAAACUGAGCCGGCGGUGCCAUUAUCCGAAGGCUCCACUGAAGCUGCCAAGGAACCAACAGUUGAAGUUGAUGUCACUACGGAAAGCAAAGCCGAGCAGGCCUUGGAUGGUGGCAUCAAUGGAGUUUCCCCUGCUGCAAACGAUUCAAUUUCGGUGCCAAAAGAGGCCAAUUCAUUCCCUGAGGCUGACAAUGGGGUUUCCUCCUUUGACAAGGAGCCGAAUAAGAACAACGGGGACUCUUCGGUUGUGACAACAGAGCCAACCAUGGUGCCAGAUUCAGCCGGCGCUGGCUCUGCUGAUCCUGCUCAGAAACAAGCCGUCGAAAAUGCUUCGCAGCCGGCAGAGGCUGGUAGUGUUGUUGUCGAUGCUGGGUUACAAGCUUCUGGAGGAAGCACAGAAGAUGAGCCAUUCAUGGCUGUGACAGGGAUCCUUGCGCAGCGGACAUCUUGGUGGGGCUGCUGUGGAUUGUUUCAUAUUCUGAGACGUUCAGAUGAUUGAGGUAAACAAAAGGGAGCCUUAAAUUGGGAAAUGGGCGCUUUGGGAUUGAGAGCUCCUAUUAAGAUUGGUUUUCUGAUUUUAUUUAUUUUUAUUUGCCAAUGGGACUCCUUUCAAGUUAAUUUGUGAAUUAUUUUUUGUUUGGAUGAUUUUUAGGGAAACAAUUGACCAGGUUGAGAUUGUUUUGAAUAAAGUUGUUGGGCCAUUACAUAUA